GACCAUUGACAUGCACUAGUCUAACACCAGUGACCUCUGCAAAUACAAGGACUGAAUGGAAUAUGUUGUUCAAUGUCUCUAUUUAUGUUUCCUUCAUUUGAUCUUUUGCUACAGACAGAAAAUGUGUGACUUUAAAAUCAAAUACAAACUUAGUUCAUUCAUUCAGCCAAAUGGAACUUUCUUGUAAAACACUGAAACAUUCUUACAUAUGAUUUACUAUGUGUGAUUUUAGGUGUAUUUAGUGAGAGUUACUUUAUUUGAACAGUUUAAAAAGUGAUUUUACUUGACACUUUAUUUCCUUUGUUCUGAUGCAGAGCUACAGGAUCCACCAGCAGAAUGUCCUUCACAUGUGACCAGUGUGGAAAAGUGUGGUCAAAUGCUUACAAACUGAAAAGACACUACACAAGUCACACAGGAGAAAGACCGUACGAGUGUGACCAGUGUGAGACGGGAUUCAAACAAUCUGGUGAUCUCCAUCUACAUAUGAGAAUCCACACAGGAGAGAAGCCACUUGAAUGUGACGCUUGUGAGAAGACACUUUCACAGUCAGGCCACCUAAAAUCACAUAUGAGAAUCCACACUGGAGAGAAACCGUACCAGUGUGACCAGUGUGGGAUCCAAUUUAGAGACUCCAGUGGCCUCCAUCGUCAUAUGAGAAUCCACACUGGAGAGAAACCGUACAGAUGUGACCAAUGUGGGAAAUGUUUCUCUCAAUCAUACAAUCUCAAUAAACACAUGAGAGUUCAUUAAACGCACUGUUUUUAACUUUGUGCAUUUAGUUUUGUUUUUGUUUUGUUUAGUCUUGUUUGACUGCACUUGCCUGU